UAAAUGGAACUGAGUAACAAUGUCACAGAAUUUAUCCUGCUGGGUCUCACUCAGGAUCCUGCUGGGCAAAAAGCAUUGUUUGUUGUGUUUUUACUCAUCUACAUUGUGACAAUGGUGGGCAACCUGCUCAUUGUGGGGACAGUGAUUGCCAGCCCCUCCUUGAACUCUCCAAUGUACUUCUUCCUUGCCUACCUGUCACUCAUGGAUGCUGUUUAUUCCACUGCGAUCUCACCCAAGUUACUUACAGACUUACUCUGUGCUAAGAGGACAAUCUCCUUACCAGCUUGCAUGGUCCAGCUCUUUGUAGAACACUUAUUUGGUGGUGCUGAGGUCUUCCUUCUGAUGGCGAUGGCCUAUGAUCGCUAUGUGGCCAUCUGUAAACCACUGCACUAUUUGACCAUCAUGAAUCACCGGAUUUGUAUCCUCCUGUUGGUAGUAUCCUGGACUGGAGGGUUUGCACAUUCUCUGGUUCAAGUUAUGUUUGUAUAUAACCUUCCUUUCUGUGGCCCUAAUAUCAUUGACCAUUUUGCCUGUGACAUGUAUCCAUUACUGGGACUUGCAUGCACUAACACUUACUUGAUAGGACUGACUGUGGUUGCCAAUGGUGGAGCAAUAUGUAUGGUGGUCUUUGUCCUUCUCUUAUUCUCCUAUGGUGUUAUUCUAAGCUCCCUUAAGAGUCACAGUCAGGAAGGGAGGCGCAAAGCCCUGUCCACCUGCAGCUCUCACAUUACUGUGGUGGUUCUCUUUUUUGUUCCCUGCAUUUUCAUGUAUGUUAGACCUGUGUCCAAUUUUCCCUUCGAUAAGUUCAUUACUGUUUUUUACACAGUUUUCACACCCAUGCUGAAUCCUUUAAUAUACACUUUGAGGAAUUCAGAGAUAAAAAGUUCUAUGCAAAAACUCUGGUGUAGAAUGUUAUGUACUUAUAGAGUAAAGAUGUUCUGUUGCUAA